GCUGGGAACCGGGCGGGGCACAGCGGGCCUGACAGACACGGGCGGCGGUUGUGCUUCUUCUGGCGGCUGCGUUGCUUGACGGAAUGGCGACUGCUUUCCCAAUGGGCUCGGGCUCUCGGACCUCCGGCGGCCGCGACCCCCGCACCACCGGCGGCUGCUCCGUGCACUGGUUCCGCCGCGGCUUGCGGCUCCACGACAACCCCGCGCUGCAGGCGGCCAUCCGGGAGGGCGGCUCUGUGCGCUGCAUCUAUAUCUUGGACCCCUGGUUCGCGGCCUCCUCGUCUGUGGGCAUCAACCGCUGGCGGUUUUUACUCCAGUCCCUGGAAGAUUUGGAUAACAGUUUACGAAAACUCAACUCUCGCUUGUUUGUAGUAAGAGGGCAGCCUACUGAUGUUUUCCCAAGACUCUUUAAGGAAUGGGGAGUGACACGUCUUACCUUUGAAUAUGACUCUGAGCCCUUUGGGAAAGAGAGAGAUGCAGCUAUAGUGAAGCUGGCUAAAGAAGCUGGAGUAGCAGUUAUAAUGGAGAACUCACAUACCCUUUAUGAUCUGGACAGGAUAAUUGAAUUGAAUGGGCAUAAACCUCCUCUGACAUACAAGCGUUUCCAAGCCAUCAUUAGUCGCAUGGACCUGCCCAAGAAGCCAGUUGCCACAGUUACAAAUCAACAGAUGGAGAUAUGCAGGACUGAGAUCCAAGAAAAUCAUGACGAAACUUACGGCGUCCCAUCCCUGGAGGAGCUGGGCUUCCCCACUGAGGGUCUUGCUCCAGCUGUUUGGCAAGGAGGAGAGACAGAAGCAUUAACCCGUCUGGAUAAGCACCUGGAAAGAAAGGCAUGGGUUGCGAAUUACGAGAGGCCAAGGAUGAACGCCAAUUCACUGUUGGCCAGCCCCACAGGGCUCAGCCCCUACCUUCGGUUUGGGUGCUUGUCUUGCCGCUUAUUCUACUACCGGCUCUGGGAACUAUACAGAAAGGUGAAGCGGAAUAGCACUCCACCAUUGUCGUUAUAUGGCCAGUUACUCUGGAGAGAAUUUUUUUAUACAGCUGCCACAAACAACCCCCAAUUUGACCGUAUGGAGGGGAACCCAAUUUGUAUUCAGAUCCCAUGGGACAGGAAUCCUGAAGCCUUGGCAAAGUGGGCAGAAGGCAAGACAGGCUUCCCCUGGAUUGAUGCUAUCAUGACGCAAUUGAGACAGGAGGGUUGGAUUCAUCACCUGGCCCGGCAUGCUGUAGCCUGCUUUCUAACCAGAGGAGACCUUUGGAUCAGCUGGGAGUCAGGCGUAAGAGUGUUUGAUGAGCUGCUGCUAGAUGCAGAUUUCAGUGUGAAUUCAGGCAGCUGGAUGUGGCUUUCGUGCAGUGCUUUUUUCCAACAGUUCUUCCACUGCUACUGCCCUGUUGGCUUUGGACGUCGAACAGAUCCCAGUGGUGACUUCAUCAGGCGAUAUCUUCCCAAGUUGAAAGGUUUUCCCUCGCGCUACAUCUAUGAGCCAUGGAAUGCUCCUGAGUCAGUGCAGAAGGCAGCAAAAUGUGUCAUUGGGGUAGACUAUCCCAAACCCAUGGUGAACCAUGCAGAGGCCAGCCGAAUGAACAUAGAGCGCAUGAAACAGAUCUACCAGCAGCUCUCACGCUACAGAGGCCUUUGUUUAUUGGCCUCUGUCCCUUCAAGCAUGGAGGACCUCAGCGCCCCCGUCACAGACCCUUCUGCAAGCCAAGGUAGCUGCACAAUGCCAAGGCAGUCACACUGUGGCCAGACAUCUCCAAAACGGAAGCUUAAUGCUGUAGAAGAACACAAUGAAGAGCUGUACAAACGGGCCAAGGUGAUGCCUGCGCAAAUUCCAAAGAACCUACGACAAGAAAUUGUACGUCCUGAAAAUGAGAAACUGACAAGGCAAAAGUCAGGUUCUGGAAUAGGCACUUCAGUAGCAGAGAAGGAUUUUUGCCAGAAGGAUCAGAACAUUGACCAACAACUUUACUCAUCAAGUUGGUUAAUGUGUAACACAGAUUCCACACCAAGCCUCUUAAACUCCUGUGCAGGAUGCAGUGAGCAAGCUUCAUCAAUAACCAAAAGCCCUGAAGAACAAAUCUCUGGCUUUCCUGAGAUACAGUUGGAGUCUGCUAAGAAAAGACAUUGAAUAAGACUUGCUCAUUCCUAAAUAUAUACCUGUUACUUCAGGUAGGAUCCAUUUGUUGCUCCAUUUUGAGCAUCCCUUAGUGUUCACUCAUCACUUACUAGCAGGUUACCGAGGUGAACCAAGCAAAAUAUUUAAUGGUGCUUACCAUAAUUCCAGGAGCUGCAUCUAUUAAACACUCCAAAUACUGUCUCUGCCAUUCAAACUAGAGUAACACAAUGCACCCAGGUGUGCACAUAACAAAAAUACAUAGACUGUCAAAAUGGUGGCAUGUAUUGAUACAUAAGAGAACAGUGCAGUAACAGCAAUGACCAGUUUGACUUAGGACAGCAAUAGUAAGUAAGAUGGAUGGCCAGAAUGGCAAUAACUAUUCAGUUAGGUGUGAAAAUCCACUAUGGCUCUUCCAACACAUAGUGUUCAUGUUUCCAUUCAUUGAUGCCGAAAAGAAGUAUCUUGGACUGGAAUAUAGUUCUGCAAGAGUGCAGAAUAUAAUACUGGCCACAGAACUUUGCUUCCAUUAAAAAAUCCCGAUUUCAGUUUUUACAAAAGCGAGUUUCUAGUCCUUAUGGUUGCAAAGGCAUGCUUGGAACGUGUGCAUAUUGUUCCUGCUGACCUCUCAGAAGCUUGAUGAACUGCUGAGUGAGAUUUCCUGUGGUCAAAAGGUAUAGCUUCAGUGCCCUACAUUGCCCUACAUAGCUUCUUGCCUCUCUCCACAAUUAGCAGAAGUGGAGUAAAUCAGGCAAAAUAAGAGACCAAUUGUACUUCAUUUGCAUAAUUUACACAGUUCAGAAAGUGCAAAAUUGGAUUACU